AGUUAAUGCAGUUAGAACGGCAACUUAGGACAGUUAACUUGAAAUGGCAGUCUUAAAUCAGGAUCAACGUUUUGUGUUCUUGUUGAUUAUUUCCUUGAUAGGAAGUUCUUGUAUUUGUGAUGUUUCAGAGGCACAAACUUUCACCGCCGAGGAUCGUACAGCUAUACAGAAGUUUAUGGAUUCCUUGUUGAAUUUCCUGGAAGUGGAAAUAAGUAAUGGAACGACCACACUGGCACCCACUUCCAAUGGAACUAGUUUGGAGACCACAACUUCCAAUGGAACUAGUUUGGAGACCACAACUUUGGCAUCUGGAAAUUCCACAGAAUCAAGUACAGAGCUUACGACAGUAGCUAGUAACUCCACUUCGAGUGUUUUGGAUAGUUCCACUUCUAGUUUAAGUUCCACUUCCACAACUAUUGGUAAUGCAAGUAGCACCUCAACCACCGAGACCAUUCCCAGCACCACCAGAAGAACUAGGAUUUGCUUUAAGAGAUUCUGCUACAAGUUCAGUAAUGAUAAGGGCUAUAUAGUCUAGUUUAAAUAAAGAAAUUGAUAUGAAAUCGA